CAAUGGAGGCGCGACGCGCGGGCCGCGUCCCCGCGCUGCUGCUGUGCCUGGGUUGCCAUCUUCUCCAAGCAGUUUUCGGCACCACCGUGAUUCCUUCAUGCAUCCCAGGAGAAUCCGAAGAUAACUGUACAGCUUUAGUUCAGACAGAAGACAAUCCACGUGUGGCUCAAGUGUCAAUAACAAAGUGUGGCUCUGACAUGAAUGGCUUCUGUUUGCAUGGACAGUGCAUCUACCUGGUGGACAUGAGUGAAAAUUAUUGCAGGUGUGAAGUGGGUUACACUGGGGUCCGCUGCGAGCACUUCUUUUUAACCGUCCAACAGCCCUUGAGCAAAGAAUAUGUCGCUUUGACUGUGAUUCUCGUUUUCUUGUUUCUCGUCAUCGUUGCCGGUUCCAUAUACUACUUCUGCAGAUGGUACAGAAAUCAAAAGAGUAAAGAACCAAAGAAGGAAUACGAAAGGGUGACGUCAGGGGAUCCAGCAUUGCCACAAGUCUGAAUGCUGCCAUCCAGCUAUGGGCAGGGAUGCGCAGCGUGCCUGAUUAUGUUAAUAUUCCUAUUUUAUUAAUAAUAUUUAUGUUGGAUCAUGUGUUAAGUCAACAAUGGUGCAUUUUUAAUAUACUUGGAAAAGUUUUUUAUUUUUGUUUUAUU